AUGACAGCUGGCUAUGUCGAAAUGGUUGUCGACCAAACGGGAAACGUCGACUACCCGGUGGCAUGUCUCGGCCGCGAAUCCGAGGUGCAACUCAUCGCGGAUAUCUAUACCGUUACCGUCGCCAUACCUGACAAGAUGAAAGAUGCGAGACUGUGCAGGGCUUGCGGCGUCGCGGUCAGAAUGGAGAUCUUCGAGCCCCACCAUGCAAUCAAUUUCAUGAUCGAGUUUUGCUGGACGGACGAGAGCGGCACUCGGCAGCUAAAUUACUACGUUCCCAGUAUCUUUCUAGACGACUGCGGAAUUGGCACGAAAACAGGAAACGUGGACGAGUUGGAUGUCUUACUAGGCCUGCCAGGCACAGACGAAGGAAAAAAAAAAAAAAAAAAAAAAAAAAAAACCUGGCUCAGCAGGCAAUGGGCUGGGUACACCUCAAAGCCCAAGAAGCCCAGAAGGUGGAACCAAUCAAGUUAUGCAAAGAGAACUAGAGUCAUCUCGAAAAGAGCAUCGACGUGGUCUCCUUAA